AUGUCAAAAAAAGUAUUGAUCGAUCUUUUCUAUGAUGUAAUCAGCCCAUAUAGCUUAUUAGGCUUUGAGGGACUUGUACGCUAUCAGAAAGUAUGGCCGAUUAAUUUGAGACUUCGUCCUUUCUUCUUUCCGGCAGUAGUCAAACACAACCCUGGGGCCCCAAUGUUGAUUGAUAUCAAGGCGAAGUAUACACUGAUUGAUGUUCCAAGAGCUGCAGAAUCUUACAAAAUCCCUUUCAAGUUUCCUGAAAAUUUCAAAGAUAUUGCAAUCGGUAAAAGCGCAAUCAAAGCUCAGCGAGUGUUGAAUGUGCUCAAUCAGCAAAGCACAGAUCUUGAGAUUGCAGUGGCGAGAGGAUUAUGGAGACGAUUUUUUUAUGAGGGAGCUGGAAUAUUUGAAAACGAAGAUAUUAUGAAGGUCAUGAAGGAAGCUGGUGUAAGUAAUCCAGAAGACAUAAUAAAGCAAUCUAAUAGCGAAACGAACAAGAAGAGAUUGGUGGACACAACUAAUGAGGCCAUGGAAUAUGGAUGUUUUGGAGCUCCAUGGAUCACUGUCCAUACUGAUCACGGUUUGGAGCAGUUCUUCGGUAGCGAUCGUCUACCAGUCAUUGCGCAUAUGAUCGGCCAGAAAUACAUUGGACCUUGCCCAUAA